AUGUCUUCAUAUCAACUUUAUAUGGGAAAAAGAAGUGAGACGCGAGUUCUUUAUAAGACAAAAAAAGCGAUAAAAGAUCUUGAUAGUUGUUUCGAACCUAAGACUGAUCCAGAGAUGUUACAAUUGGACCAUCGAUUCGAGAUGCUACAGAACCCAGGACAAGAUUUGAUUCUCUGCUUAAUAAACAAGAGGAAACUUUUAGUAAACUGCAAGAAUUUAUCGAUUCAUGAAAUUAUUCGAUCAUGUAAGAACCUGCGUAGUCUCGAUCUCAAAAAAUGCGACUCUGUUACUGAUGAGGCAAUCGAUACCCUUAUGAGUAGCAAUCCACGCGUUGAUAUUAGAGAGCCUUAA